CUCCUUUUCUCAACGUUCCUAUUUUCAAAAUGCCAUUGGAGGCAACUCUUUGAAAUGUUGCCCUUAUCGGUCUGAUAAUUUAUUAAUAAUACCCUGUGUGUGCUUAUAAAAUCCCUCAAGACAGACAACCCACAUUCUUCUUCUUCUUCUUCUUCCUGCCUGAUUUGCAGGGAAGCGUGGAAAUCUAGCAUACUUCUUCAAUGGGGUGCUUUCUUGCUUGUUUUGGGUUCACCAAGAAAAGGAGAAGGACAAAGGGUAGGAGCAAAAAUGCAUCUGGAGACCAAAGUUAUGGAAGGUAUGUACCUCUGGACUGUGAUGUUACGGUCAAACUUGAAUGUGAUGAGAUGCAGAAGGCCUCAGCAACUGAGCUUAGAGAUAAGCCUAAAGAAUCGUCGACCGCAAAAAUAAAGAAAAAAGUGAGCUUCAAUUUGAAUGUCAAGACUUAUGAGCCACUUCCUAAUGAUGAGCUUAGUAAUUGCAAUCUUUCUGAGGGUGAGGAGAAGACAAUGUGGGAAUAUAAUCAAGAAGAAACAGCUGGAGCAAGCAUGAAAUAUUUCAAUUAUGAAGACAAUUUGAUGGCAUCAAAGAUUGGAUCAUUCCCUUCGAAUUAUAGAUAUCAAAAUUGCAGAGAUAGCUAUGAUGAAGAGGAUGAGAUGGAACUAGAGGAUAGCGAUCUAGAUGAUGAGGAUGAACUUGACUUUGAUGAAGAUGAUAUUGGUGAAAGCUAUGAUUUCAGAAGUCAAAAACUAUGCCAAGCAUCAGUGGAAGAAGAGGGAAAAGUUACAACCGAUCAAUUGGCAGAAAAAGGAAGCAAUCUUAUGCAGCCUCAAGUUCUGCAGCAUCAAGAACAUAACAAAACUGAAUCAAACCAAAAUGCUCGAAACAGGAGUCACAAUGUCUUUUCUGUGCUUGCUCCAGUUGAAAAUCUCACUCAAUGGAAAGAGGUUAAAGCUAAAACUAGACAGCAAUUGAAGCAUCAGAAGGAAAACAUAGUGUUAGAGCAAGAGCAGCAUAUGCCCUUAUGUACGAAGAAGAGCUCCGAACCUUUAGCUUUGAACUCAUCAGUGGAUUUGAAUCAAUUCAAGCCUCAGAGUCAUGAAAUUGCAGUUGAUGCUAGCCUUUCAAACUGGUUGGUUUCUUUCAAUGGUAAGGACAGCAAUGCUGCAAUAGCAAACGCCCAUCAAAAAAGAUCAAGAUGGAUGCAUCAGACUCGCUCCGCAGAUGAGAUAGAACUACUCUAAGCACCAAGGAAAAGCUGUCGGCUUCACCACCAAAAUACCAUACGUUCUCAAAACUGUUUCUGGAUUUGUGCAGAAUAGAACAGACAUUGCAUUUUCUCUCAUAAAAGAACAGACAUUGCAUUUUCUUGGAAAGCUCCACCCUGCCCAGGUGUUGAAUUGUUUUCUGAAUAAGACAAGGCAAGGGCGUCUUGUUACAUUUGUCUUUAUCUUGUACUUUUCAGCUUGAUUGCUUUUAUAUCUUUAGUGAUAAUGGGAAAUUGCUGUGAAUCUGUAAUUCAUUGUAUUCUUUUUUCAAUGCAAAUGAAGUAAACAAUACCUA